UGGCACCAACACCAACCACUAUACAGACAUCCAGAUUAUUGCUUCGCGGGGCCAAGGAGGGUGACACGGAGGCAUUCUAUGCAUGGUUUCGCGAUCUCGAGACCAUGAACUACUGGUCCACUCCAGCUCACACUUCGAUCGAACAAACGAAAACUUGGGUUGAUUCCAUGAUUACAUGGCCCUACAACGGUAUCUUCGACUUUGUUGUCUGCAUCCGUCCAGAAGAGGGUAGCAAUGCGGAACCAGUGGCCAUUGGCAAGGCCGGAUUCUGGGAUGGAAAAGAGAUUGGCUACAUCCUAAACAAGGCAUAUUGGGGAAAGGGUUACGCGUCUGAGGCAUUCGCAGCCAUUCUACCGCAUUAUUGGGCGACGGAAGGAAGUGCUGAUAUCGUCAAGGCCGACGUCGAUCCUCGGAACGAGGCUUCUUUACGAUUACUAAAGAAGUUGGGCUUUAAGGUGACAGGAACCGCGGAGAGGACGUAUGAAACCCAUUUGGGCUGGUGCGAUAGCGUAUAUUUGGAGCUGAAGAGGGCAAAGGAAUGAU